UCUUAUCCCUGGAUCUGAACCCAGGCACACAUCUAGAUUAGAAGAUGCCAGGCUCAGAGGAUCUUCCUAAAGGCAAGGACCAGAUACAUUCAAACAGAAACGAACCAUGUUCACUGGGCAGCAACCGAAAGACCUGAACAUCUUAUUCGAUGAGAAUCCAUAUCCAAACUCCAGCCUUCAGAAAAAAAUGGCCUCAAAAAUAAAUGCACCCCCCACAGUACUGCAGGUCUGGUUCAAGAACUGCAGAGCAAAACUCAAGAAAGCCAAAUGCAAGCAUCUUCAGCAAAAACAAGAAACUCCACAACUGCCAAUACCGGAGGGUGGGGUCACCGCCAGUGUUAGCUGGAGAAAUGCAGUCACGCUACCUAGAUUGCCCAGCACUGCUCAUCCAAUUGGCCUGGUGUACACGGGUCAUCAGGUACCCUCAUUCCAGCUUAUCAUGUACCCCAACUUCAAGGUCCAUGCAAAUGAGUUCCUUGGCCACAGAAUGGUCCAUUUUGGUUGCUGCCAAGAUCCUAACGUAUACUUCCUCUACCCAAUUGUGGAAUCCCAAGCUUAUGCUCCAAGCUUCAAUUCUGCUUCUUCUGCCUGUUCAUUUCUACAAAGUUGAGAGAGAUGAUAAAUACAAAAAAUCACAUGCUGAAAAAAGAAAUUCUA